CGAACAUAAUGAAUCUUCAAAUAUAUCGAUAGCAUAUCAACAACCCUACAUUCCGCAGGCAUGAAAAAUCUAAAAGUUAAAGUAAUUUGUUUAUUGUAAAAGAGUGCUAGACACGAUUCGCGAAAAAUUGGCUACAGUUCAAACGAUUUGUCAAACUCAAAAGCAGCAGCCAGCACAUCGAGUUCCCUUUCCAAGUUUAGACUGCAAUGUGCAGCUGCAGUGUAAAUGUUCGAGAUGUCCCGGCUCGCUGAUUACUUUGUAAUUGUUGGCUACGAUAACGACAAAGAAAAAACUGCCGGCAAUGUUAGCGGUCAGCCAAUAUGCGGCAAAAUUGUGCAACGUUUCCCAGAGAAAGAUUGGCCCGACACACCCUUUAUUGAGGGCAUCGAAUGGUUCUGUCAACCACUCGGCUGGAAUUUAUCGUAUGAGAAACAAGAACCCAAAUUUUUCAUCUCUGUGCUCACGGACAUUGAUGCCAACAAGCAUUAUUGCGCCUGUCUGAGCUUCCAUGAAACGCUUGCCAUCACCCAGACGCGCAGCGUGGACGAUGAAGAUGAGACCAUAGCGAACAACAGCAGAGCAGGGCCUCCAGUCUCCACGGCUGUAGAGCCCAUAACCCACCAUAGCAUUAUGUAUGCACCAAAGUGUUUGGUGCUCAUCUCCCGCUUGGAUUGUGCAGACACGUUUAAGAACUGUCUGGGCACCAUUUAUACGGUGUAUAUUGAAAACUUGCCAUAUGCCAUGGAAAAUCUGAUUGGCAACAUACUCGGAUGCAUUCAAGUGCCACCCGCUGGCGGGCCGCAAGUUCGCUUCUCCAUCGGUGCCGGGGAUAAGCAAUCGCUGCAGCCUCCUCAGAGCUCCUCACUCCCCAUCACGGGGAACGGUGUUAACUUUCUGUUCAAACAGCUGGGCAUUAAGAAUGUUCUCAUUCUGCUGUGUGCCGUGAUGACCGAAAACAAAAUACUCUUUCACUCCAAGUGCUACUGGCACUUGACGGACAGCUGUCGUGCUUUGGUUGCACUCAUGUAUCCAUUUCGAUACACACAUGUUUACAUACCGAUUCUGCCAGCGCCUCUCACCGAGGUGCUGUCCACGCCUACCCCAUUCAUAAUGGGCAUACACAGUUCAUUGCAAACGGAAAUUACCGAUUUACUCGAUGUAAUUGUUGUGGAUUUGGAUGGCGGAUUGGUUACCAUACCAGAUGCUUUAACACCACCAGUGCCCAUCUUUCCAUCACCUUUGUGGGAGCAAACGCAAGAGCUACUUGGAAUGAUAUUAUUUCCCAAUUUGGCGCAAGCGGAUCUCGCAUUUCCCAACAACGAGCGCCCAACUGCAACACUAGCUAAAACCGAGGCACAAAUUGACAAGGAGUUGCGUGCUAUAUUUAUGCGUCUCUUCGCACAAUUGCUGCAGGGCUAUCGUUCUUGUUUGACCAUUAUACGCAUUCAUCCCAAGACGGUCAUCACUUUUCACAAAGCUGGUUUUCUGGGUGCACGUGAUCUCAUCGAAAGCGAGUUUCUGUUUCGCGUAUUAGACAGCAUGUUCUUUACAACGUUUGUUAACGAGCGCGGGCCGCCAUGGCGAGCAUCUGAUGCUUGGGAUGAAUUAUAUAGCUCAAUGAAUGAGUUGCUCAAAUCGGAAGCACAGAAUAAGAAUCUCAUACUCACACAUAUCCAGGAGCUGGGUCGCAUUCUAUACGAGAACGAAGCAUCUAAUGCUCACGUCACAUAUGCGCAGAAAGUGCUUCGACCACCCGAAGGUGCUUUCCAACGCAUCCAUCAGCCCGCUUUUCCGCGCAUUAGUAGCGAUAAGGUAGAGCUCAUUAUUCAGGAUGGCAUUCGCAAGAACGGGCAAUCGCAGCGUUUUCAUGUCACACGCAAUCAGCAUCGCAUCAUACCCAUGGGACCAAGGCUACCGGAGGCGCUAGACGUGCGUCCCACUACAGUGCAUAAUUCGGCACGACGACUGGAGGUGUUGCGCACCUGUGUGUCGUACAUUUUUGAGAAUCGCAUUGCCGAUGCAAGAAAAUUGCUGCCGGCUGUAAUGCGAACACUAAAGGAUAGGGAUGCUCGACUCAUUUUGUGCCGUGAACUAUUUGGUUAUGUGCAUGGCAAUAAGGCGGUGCUAGAUCAUCAGCAAUUUGAUCUGGUCGUGCGUUUUAUGAACAAAGCACUGCAGAACUCGUCAGGAGUGGAUGAGUACACAGUGGCAGCCGCUCUGUUGCCUAUGUCCACAAUAUUCUGCAGAAAGCUAUCGAUGGGUGUAGUGCAAUUUGCCUACACUGAGAUACAGGAUCAUGUUAUUUGGAAAAAUUUACAGUUCUGGGAGUCAACGUUCUUUCAAGAUGUUCAGGCACAAAUUAAGUCACUUUACUUGCUACAACGCCGACAAAAUGAGAACAACAAGGAGGCAAAUUGUGUGCUGGAUGAGGUGCCGCUCGAGGAACCAACUGCAUUAGAAAUUACCGCCGAGCAGUUACGCAAGAGUCCAGCCAUUGAGGAGGAGAAAAAGUCUGAGCUGGCAAAGUCGGAGGAAUCGACGCUCUAUAGCCAGGCCAUACACUUUGCUAAUCGCAUGGUCUCCCUGCUGAUACCGCUCGAUGUCAAUGUGGAUGCGGCCAGCAAACCAAAACUCGCCUUUAGGCUUGAAGAAAACCAGAGUGUUUCCAAUAGUAUUAUGGGCUCACAUAGCCUGAGUGAACAUUCCGAUGAGGGCUUUGAGGAGAAUGAUGCUCUAGAGAUAGGUGUUACGGUGGGCAAGACCAUUUCGCGCUUUAUCGAUUGUGUUUGCACGGAGGGCGGUGUUACUUCGGAGCACAUUCGCAAUCUACACGAUAUGGUGCCAGGUGUUGUGCAUAUGCACAUCGAGUCGCUAGAGCCAGUAUAUCAGGAGGCCAAACGGCAUCCACAUGUGCAAAAACCGAAGAUUCAAACGCCUUGUUUGCUACCUGGCGAAGAGUUGGCAACAGAUCAUUUGCGUUGCUUUCUGAUGCCGGAUGGCCGUGAAGAUGAUACCCAGUGCUUAAUUCCAGCCGAAGGUGCGUUGUUUUUGACCAACUAUCGCAUUGUCUUCAAGGGUUCACCUUGUGAUCCGCUCUUUUGCGAGCAAACGAUAGUGCGAGCUUUUCCCAUUGCUUCGCUACUAAAGGAGAAGAAAAUAUCGAUGCUGUACCUCGCUCAUUUGGAUCAAACUCUGCCGGAGGGAUUGCAGCUGCGCUCAAGCUGCUUUCAGUUGCUCAAGAUUGCCUUUGACACGGAGGUGACACUAGAACAAAUCGAGGCUCUGCGUAAAACGCUUAGUAAAGCGCGACAUCCGUUCGAUGAAUUUGAGUAUUUCGCCUUUCAGUCGUAUGGCACCAUGCUCCAAGGUGUCGUGCCGCUGAAGACCAAGGAAAAGUACUCGACGCUCAAAGGAUUUGCAAAGAAGACGCUACUGCGCACUGCCAAGAAAGCGGGUUUCAAGCAAAAGGUGCAGACAAAACGCAAAUUAGUGCCGGAAUAUGAGUUGGGAGGCGGCGGAGGGAGUGCCGAUGCAUUGGAAACUCAUUCUAUGGACGACGAGCUCGAGGAUGGGGAUGAGUUUGAGAUACAACAGAGCGAGGCCGCCACGCAACGCCUCUUAACGAGCAAGGAUAUUGAAAGAAUGCGUGAGCGAAGUUAUGUGCGCGAUUGGAAACGCUUGGGUUUUGAUGCGGAUGGACAACGUGGUUUUCGCAUUAGCAAUGCCAAUGCAAAUUAUGCUACAUGCCGUACAUACCCGGCUAUAAUUGUGGCACCAGUGCAAUGCAGCGAUACUGCAAUGACGCAUUUGGGACGGUAUUUCAAGGGUCAACGCAUACCAUUGCCCACUUGGCGACAUGCGAAUGGAUCAUUGCUCAUACGUGGUGCCCAACCAAAUAGUAAAUCCGUUAUUGGCAUGAUCAAGAACACAACGGGAGCGAAUACUAUAUCGCACCAUGAUGUCACUCAUUAUCCGGAGCAGGACAAGUAUUUUAUGGCAUUGAUCAAUACAAUGCCAAAACUAACGCCUCUGGAUCAGUACACGGGCUUGAAUCUCUCAAUGAGCUCGCUGCUAGGUCAUGGUGCGGUCGGAGACGAUCAUCAAUCUCUAACACCAGAGCUAAUGCGUAAGCAAAGGACCAAUCUAAAUGUACCCGAUUGCAGCAAAUCGAACGCUGCUGGCGGCAAAGGAGGCACUAUGAAGGGAAAUGCAAGCAAUACAUCCGCACAUGCCUUCCGCAAAAUGCGACUCUAUGCGUUGGGUGAAAAAUCACAGGCCAAAUCGAAUUUGAAUGGAGACUUCUGUGCAGAUUUUAUACCCGUUGACUAUCCAGACAUUCGGCAAUCCCGUUCGGCGUUCAAGAAACUGAUGCGCGCCUGCAUGCCAUCACAUAAUGCGAAUGAUGCAGAUGGCCAGAGCUUCGCCAAAAUGGUGGAACAAUCUGAUUGGUUGCAGCAAGUCUCAACACUUUUGCAACUAUCCGGCGCCGUUGUCGAUCUAAUUGAUUUGCAGGAGAGCAGCGUAAUGUUGUCACUAGAAGAUGGCUCUGAUGUGACCGCACAACUCUCGGCCAUAGCCCAACUUUGCCUGGAUCCGUACUAUCGCACACUGGACGGCUUUCGAGUGCUUAUCGAAAAGGAGUGGCUGGCAUUCGGACAUAGAUUCGCACAUCGUAGCAAUCUGAAACCAUCUCAUGCCAGCACAAACAUUGCAUUUGCGCCCACAUUUCUGCAGUUUCUGGACGUCGUGUAUCAGCUGCAAAGGCAAUUCCCUAUGGCGUUCGAAUUCAAUGAUUUCUACUUGCGUUUCCUUGCCUACCAUGUGGUAUCCUGUCGUUUUCGCACUUUUCUAUUCGAUUGCGAGCUGGAGCGUUAUGAUUCGGGUAUUGCGUCCAUGGAGGAUAAACGCGGUUCUAUGAGUGCCAAGCACUUGUUUGGAGGAGGUGUAGCCAAUGGCUCUGAUGAUGAAUGCAAUGUUUAUCCCCUUGAUAUACGUAGUCCACGCACACCAACCCUAAAUCGCAUUGGCCAUUCCAUAUUUGACUACAUUGAGCGACAACACAACAAGUCGCCAAUCUUCUACAACUUCCUGUACUCCUCUGACAAAGACGUAGUGCUACGUCCGCAGAAUAGCGUGGCCGCUUUAGACUUGUGGACCUUCUAUACGAAUGAGGAACUGGCCCAAGGACCACCCUACGAUCUGGAAGUCACCAAUGUGGACGACGAAAUCGAUCUUUCGGAAAUUAAGGGCAAACGCAUGGUAAUCAGCGCUGGAUAUGAUAACAUUGAGAAAUGUAAUCCCAAUGCUUAUGUGUGCUUGCUGAGCGAAGUGAAGCAGGCGGAAACGGAACGCGGAUAUUUGCCACAAAAAUGGCAGCAGGUGUGGAACAAUUUGGUGGUUCCAGCUGUGGAGCCAAUGUCGCGCAAGACCUCGCUUAAUAGCAUGCUAGUACAUACACAACAACUCAAACGCUCCACUUUAGAGAUAAUUAUCAAGGGACGUCUGGCUGGAUAUCAAGAUAAGUUCUUCCAUCCACAUCGCUUUGAGAAGCACCCAUAUACAACACCCACCAAUUGCAAUCAUUGCACGAAACUGCUUUGGGGACCUGUCGGCUAUCGUUGUAUGGAUUGUGGCAAUUCAUAUCACGAAAAGUGCACCGAGCUUUCGAUGAAGAAUUGCACAAAAUACAAGGCCAUAGAUGGUACUGUUGGUCCGUCAAAUGUGAAUAUGUCGCAGGGUGACACGGCCAGCAUUGCCUCCAGUGCGGCGACUACGGCACGGACCUCCAGCCAUCAUUUCUACAAUCAAUUCAGUAGCAAUGUUGCCGAGAAUCGCACACACGAAGGACAUCUCUAUAAGCGUGGUGCUCUACUCAAAGGAUGGAAGCAACGUUGGUUUGUUCUCGAUUCUAUUAAGCAUCAGUUGCGCUACUACGAUACCGCCGAUGACACAGCGCCUAAAGGCAUUAUAGAGCUGGCCGAGGUUCAGUCUGUGAGCGCUGCACAACCCGCACAAAUUGGCACAAAAGGCGUCGAUGAUAAAGGAUUCUUUGACCUUAAAACAUCUAAGCGAACGUAUAACUUUUAUGCAAUGAACGCAAAUCUGGCACAGGAGUGGACUGAAAAACUACAAGCCUGUCUGCAGUAGAUUAAACAGCCACAAUCACAAGCUCGACCACAGCCUCAGCAACAAAUACCAAUUGUUAUUAAGCCUAGCACUCACCUUAGUACUAUUCUUCUGCCGUGGCUUCAGCAUAGAAAUUUGUUCUGUGCACUCUUUGCUUCCUGCUCCUUAGAUAUAUAUACAUAUAUAUUUAUGCCGAAUAUUCUGUUUUGUUUUAGGACAAUCCAUUACCGUUAUUAUUAACAUUUGUUUGUGUAAAUGUGAGAGAGAGAGAGAGAGAGAGAAUUUAUUUGUGAACUCGCGUAUUACUCUGGAUCUGUAGCUCUGAGUGUAUUAUUUAUAACAAAAACAUUUUUUACAUAUAUAAGUUGAUUUAGUGUGAAAACGUUGUUUAUUAACACUCGCAUAAUGCAUAAAUUACUUGAAUAUUUAGCAACAAUUAACGUAAGCGACAAAAGCUAAGAAACAAAAAUUAACUAAACACAAAAUAGUAUAAAAGUAAAUGUGCAUAUAAAGAGGGAAUCUACAUUAUGUGAUUAUGCGAUAAAUAAUAAUAAGCACAUGAAUGAUGAUCAAAUGAAAAAGAAAAUAACUAGAGAAAAGGAAGCCACGAUAGCAACUUUUUAUACAUUAUUUAUAUAUAUAUAUAUAUAUAUGUCUGUGCAUAUGACAUAUGUGUCUAUUUAUGGAAACAUACAUACUUAUAUAGUAAAAAUACAAAAAUACCAAAGAUAAUUCCACCUUUGUUGCGCAAUAAAAA